AGGGCUCUCGGGCAGCCCGGGAUCAGCUGCGGCGCGGCGCGGCGCGGCGGGCGGAGGCUGCUUCCAGCCAUGCAGCUCCCCGUGCGCUCCCGGCUGCUGCUCCUGCUCCUGCUGCGGGCCAGCGGGCUGCGGGCCGGGGAGCGGAGCAGCAGCGCCAUGGAGGAGAUCACCACGGAGAAGGAGGCGGAGGAGAGUCACCGGCAGGACAGCGUGAGCCUCCUGACCUUCAUCCUGCUGCUCACCCUCACCAUCCUCACCAUCUGGCUCUUCAAGCACCGCCGGGUGCGCUUCCUCCACGAGACCGGCCUGGCCAUGAUCUAUGGACUCAUUGUUGGCGUGAUCUUGAGAUAUGGUUCUCCCUCCAGCAGUGGCCAUGACAAGCCAUUCAGUUGCUCCCAGGAGGACCGACCAUUUACAACGCUGUUGGUCAAUGUCAGUGGAAAGUUUUUUGAGUACACCCUUAAAGGAGAAAUAAGCCCUGGAAAAAUACACAAUGUGGAACAGAAUGACAUGUUGCGAAAGGUAACAUUUGACCCAGAAGUUUUCUUCAACAUUCUGUUACCUCCUAUUAUUUUCCAUGCUGGGUACAGCUUGAAGAAGAGACACUUUUUCAGGAAUCUGGGGUCUAUUCUGGCUUAUGCCUUUUUAGGAACUGCAGUCUCUUGUUUUAUUAUCGGGAAUCUCAUGUAUGGUGUUGUAAAACUAAUGAAGUUGGUGGGACAACUCUCUGAUACAUUUUACUAUACAGACUGUCUCCUCUUCGGAGCUGUCAUAUCUGCUACUGAUCCAGUUACCGUGCUGGCAAUAUUUAAUGAGCUGCAUGCUGAUGUCGAUCUCUAUGCCCUUCUGUUUGGAGAGAGUGUUCUAAAUGAUGCUGUUGCCAUUGUAUUGUCUUCAUCAAUAGUUGCCUAUCAGCCAACAGGUGAAAACACCCAUGCGUUUGAUGCCGCAGCAUUUUUCAAAUCAGUUGGAGUUUUCCUUGGAAUAUUCAGUGGCUCUUUCAUGAUGGGAGCAGUGACAGGGGUUGUGACAGCUCUGGUGACCAAGUUUACCAAACUGCAUUGCUUCCCCCUGCUGGAGACAGCUCUCUUCUUCCUGAUGUCCUGGAGCACUUUCUUGCUAGCUGAAGCUUGUGGGUUUACAGGUGUGGUGGCGGUUCUCUUCUGUGGAAUUACACAGGCUCAUUAUACAUACAACAAUUUGUCAGUUGAGUCAAGGAGCCGAACUAAGCAGCUCUUUGAGGUACUGCACUUCCUGGCUGAAAACUUCAUAUUUUCAUACAUGGGUUUAGCCCUAUUUACUUUCCAGAAACACAUAUUCAGCCCAAUUUUCAUCAUUGGAGCUUUUAUUGCAAUCUUUCUGGGCAGAGCUGCACACAUCUACCCUCUCUCUUUCUUCUUGAAUCUGGGCAGAAGGCACAAGAUCAGUUGGAACUUUCAGCACAUGAUGAUGUUUUCAGGUCUUAGAGGAGCCAUGGCAUUUGCUCUGGCCAUACGAGACACUGCUACUUACUCCCAUCAAAUGAUGUUCUCAACAACCCUUCUUAUUGUCUUUUUCACUGUCUGGAUUAUUGGUGGAGGCACAACACCCAUGCUGUCAUGGCUGAACAUUAGAGUUGGUGAUCAUGCUCCAUCGGUGGAAGAGAUAAAUGAAAGCCGCUGGCUGUACUUCAGGGUUGGUGUUGACCCAGAUCAGGAUCCCCCACCCAGCAAUGACAGCUUUCAAGUCUUACAAGGAGAUGGUCCAGAUUCUGAAAGAGGAAACCGGACAAAGCAGGAAAGUGCUUGGCUCUUCAGGCUAUGGUAUAGCUUUGAUCACAAUUAUUUAAAGCCCAUUCUCACGCAUAGUGGCCCUCCGCUAACUACAACCCUUCCAAGUUGCUGUGGUCUGCUGGCCCGCUGUUUGACUACUCCACAAGUUUAUGAUGUUGCAGCCUGUGGGAUAAAUCCCAAAACCCACUCGGUACCGCAUUCCCAGGCAAACAUCCCGCAAGUCCCUCCUUGCCAGAAUCAGGAGCAGCUUAGAGAGGAGGAUUCAGAUUUUAUUCUGAAUGAUGGUGACCUCACUCUGACAUAUGGUGAUACGACAAUAACUGCUAAUGGCUCUUCUGGCUCCCGCACUGCUACCACUAGCCUUGAUGGCAGGAAAACAAAAAGUAGUUCAGAGGAGGCAUUGGAACAUGAUCUGGGAAUGGGAGAUAAUGAAGUUACAAGCAGGGGCACCCGACUAGUAUUUCCUUUGGAAGACAAUGCAUGACUACUGCCUCAGUAAAAAUACAGCUGUAGCCCCGUGGAUGGAUCAAGGAAGACUGCAGGCCCCAGUGUCACUUGAGGCGGGAAUGCUUACAGAAUUGAACUAACCUGUCUGUUUAUAAGUGGUUUUACUAAAGUCUGAAGACACCAACCUUGACUUUUUUUUUUAACUCAAGAUGCUGACAGUGGGUUUUUAAAUGUCUAAACUAGAGAAAUGGGGAAAUUGGUCAGUCUCUUCUCUCAAAACUGCAUACUGAAUCUAAUCUAAUUAAUGUAGAAUUAGCCUCCUGCAAUUCUCUCAUUCAGCUGCAGCACCUUUCUGAGAAGAGGUAUGUGAAAAUGUUACCCACCCAGAACCAAGCUAAUUCAGGCUGGGUGGAGUUCUAGCUUGGUUUGGGAAUGAUGGAGGGGAAACCCAAACAAAAGUCUAGUUAUUCUGAGACUUAAAGGUAUGGGUGCAUGUCUGAUUUUUCGGUGGGCCAGUGUUAAAUUGCUCUCUAGAAAACUUGAAACUAUGUAUAAAAGGGAACAGUAUGUACUAGGAGUACAGGUGCAUGAAUGCAACAUUUUUCUGGGAUUUGUUACUAUAUGACAAACUGCACUGAAUUACUUCAGGAAAAAGGGAAAACAGCACAACUUCCUCACUGGCAACAUAUAGUAGGUACAGUUUAGAAUAAUUCAGUAUUUAAAGAGGGAGGCAGUGAAUGUUGUUUAGUCCCCUAGCUUUGGACAACUUGAGUAUUACUGUUCACAUAUCUUCUAGCACAUCACAAGAGAACUUCUUAGUGUCCAAGACUGAAAUGACUGACUCAAGCCCUUAUCUAGGCUUUGUGAUUUAAAAAACCACUUGUUCUCUCAUUAGGUUUGUUAAAAAUCAGAUGAAGGACGCUGGAACCCAGUUUUUUUUUAUGGGAGAUAGAGCAGAUAGUGGUAUUACUUACAGUGAAUCUGGAAAGCAAUUUUUGAACAUAUAUGAAACCAAAAGGUUCCAUAUUGAGAUGGGAAGUAUCCCUGGAAUCUGCUUUGAUUGCCUGUUAGGUGUGAUGGUUUACACUGCAAAUGUUUUUACUUCAAAAGGGGAAGAUAAUACUAUAAAUUUAACCAUUUGUGGUUAUUACAUCUGAAGAAAGGUGUUUAUAUUCAUUCUCUUUUGCAGAGUACAUGUGAACUUUCAGCGAGGCACUGCACAAUAUAUGAACUGUGCAAGUGGCAUACACACUCUAGUCCCAUCUGAAAUGUGAAAAGGGAAAAAUGUCUUUGCUUAGUACUUGGCCCAUGUUCAUGUAGACUUGCUUUAACUUAGUGCUUAAGGGCUUCUUAAUUCCCAGCUCAGUAGCUAUUAGUGACCUCUGGUGUAUUAAAGCAAAUAGUUGAAAUCUAUUACCUCCUAAACAGAAGCUCAGCUACUGAAAGCAUGCUUUAAAAUGGGGUCCAGUUUUACUUUCAUGGCUCAAAAUGGUUUAGAAAAUGUUAUUUUUUAAACUGGCAUUUUGUGGCCCACUAUUAAAAUGUAAUAUCAGUUUGCUAAAGUGCUUUUUUUUUUACCUGCCACUUCAGUUUGUUCCCUUCCCAUAAAAUGUAUCUAUGAAUAAAAAUCCAUUCUGUGUUUUUCCUUAAGUGACCGGUUCAACUAAACAAUGGGCUAACUUUAAAAUUACAAGUUCCAAUUGCACAGCAGCACUUAGAUUGUCUAGUUUGGUUUAUUUUAAAUACAGUGAUCUACCUCCUACUUCUUCCCUCUUUAAGACAAAAUAUUGAUCUGUCUGAAAGAAUCAAAUUAAUGACUGCAUUGUGGGGCAAGGCACUAAAAGAUUUCUAAAGCUAGUCCUGCCACCUCUGUGGUGGAACUGGAAAGGUCACACAGUCCAUCUGCUCCAUUCUUGAGUAGCUCAGAGAUAGAAAGUUCAAGCAUCCUGCUGAGAGCACUUCAAGCAACAGACCACAUAAACUGUCUGGCACUCUGUUCCCAGGAUUAGAAUGGACAGCAUCGUGUGUGAGCACUCACUAGCUCUGCUAUUCCAGGACUUGCUGCUUAAAUACUACCCUGGAGGAAAUUGCUUCUUUUGGAGCGAUGAAAAUGAUGGUUUACUUUUGAUAACUUUAACUCUUUAGAGCCUGCUGAAUUCCACAUUUGAGUGAUAAAUCCUAAUAAUGUCAGACUUUUCCUUUUGUAAAAACUUAAAUCAUUAGCCAACCUCAAGUGGUGCAAACUGCUUUUCAGAUUUUAGAGAGCAGAACCUGUCCAAAUCAGAUGGACUUGCCCAUCUCUGGAGUCAGGCAAACCUUUAUAUGCAAUUCAAGACAGGCUGAAACCUGUCAAAGACUAUUCGAGAGACAGGGUUGGGUGAGGUAAUAUCUUUUAUUGAACCAACUUCAACAAACUUGCCUCUCUCACCAACGGAAGUUGGUCCAGUAAAAGAUAUUACCUCACCCACCUUGUAUCUCUAAUAUCCUGGGAUCUACAAGGUUACAACAACACUGCAUACAAGAAAAACUAUAUUGGCUCAAAGCAUUUAGGACUAAGUAUUUUCUCUCUCAAAAAUGCUUAACGAAGUGCCAGAGACAGAGACUUUUCAAAAUUACCAUUUUCUACUGCAAGACUCACUCCAAGUUUUAGCACCAUCCUGUACCAGAAUGCUUCCAAUAGCAGAGUUAAGACUGCACAUACUUAAAAUGGAGUUAAAUCUGAAAUGCUAACCCUGAAAGAGGGGCCUAGUACCUUUCCUCUUAGUGUUUCAUUCCUUAGCCUUUAACUUUAAAAACGAAUGUAAAAAGUCAUCUUGCAGCAAAGUUGUCUAGUACAGAGUUAUCUGAAUGUCAGACUGAGGGAUAACGUCAUUGUGCACCCUUAAAACGGAAGGGGCUUUAAUUAUAAAUUAUGCUUUAAAAUAGUGGUUCUCAAUCAGGGGUACACGUACCCCAGGGGUUAUGCAGAGGUCUCCCAGGGGCCACAUCACCUCUUCUAGAUACUUGCCUAGUUUAGAACAGGCUACAUAAAAAGCACUAGCGAAGUCAGUACAAACUAAAAUUUCAUAUAGACAAUGACUGGUUUAUACCUCUCUAUAUAAUAUACACUAAAAUGUAAGUAUAAUAUUUAUAUUCAAAUUGAUUUUAUAAUUAUAUGGUUAAAAAUGAGAAAGUAUGCAAUUUUUCAAUGUGUGCUGUGACACGUGUAUUUUUAUGUUUGAUUUUUGUAAGCACGUAGUUUAAGUGAGGUGAAACUUGGGGGUAUGCAAGACAAAUCAACUUCCUGAAAGAGGUACAAUAGUCUGAAAGGGUUUAGAGCCACUGCUUUAAAACAAUGAAAUGAACAUGGGUCUUUCACUUCAUCAGUUUUGACUUCAACCUCUCUUCCCAGUUUAGACUUCAGAAUGAAUCAAAGCUAAAUGAACUAACAGCACCAACCACUUGUUACUAUAGAAAUCAUUAACCGUUACAGAAAAUUACCCUUUAAUAGGAUUUCUUUACUAAAAACUCACAAGAAAUAUCUAAUCUUUAGCAUGGCAUGUUUUACAUUUUCAGCUGGUGCUGAUUUUUUCUUCUCCUUUGUGGUUCAUGUGCUCUUCCAAUUUACCUUGUACUGAAAUUUUGCUCUAAAUGGGAAAAUCCUUUUCGUGGAACAGUGUGAUGAAUUUUAACUUCAUGCCAGUACUGAGGCUGGGUUGGUUAGGCUAGAGCUUGACUUAGACAUACAAAUAGAUGUAGUAAUAAAACUAUGGAAAGUUAUGGAAAUUCCUGUAUUUUUUUCCCCUCCAGCUUGCUCUGAGUCUCUGAAUGGAAUCAUAGUUUAAGACUGUGAUGAGCAAUACGGCAACCCCUCUAUGUUAAUAUCUUAGUCAGAUCAGAGUGAAAUUUAAGAGAGGGUCUUCCUCCUACCAGGUGUGAGUUGCUGAGUCAGUCAGUCUACAAUAUGUAAGAUCACUUCAUUGGCUGAUACCUGUAUCAAGGAUGUGACUGACAUCUGCCUGUGCAUUAUGCCUUCAUUCAGUAGUGUAAUGUUAAGAUAUUAAUGUCAAUUCAAUAUUUAAACUAUGGCUUACCAAAAGUCAGUGUACCCUGUAGUUCAAGGACUGGGGUAUGGAAUUUGCUUAAGAACUGAGCUUACUGACAAAAACUGCUUUACCUCUCUAGCUCUUAAAACAAAAUUAUGUUUAGUACUUUGAGUCAGCAUGAGCUUUGUCCUAAAUGAGAUCGACACAGUUAAGACUAUAAUCGUCUUUAACGCUCCACAGAAGCUAAUGUACCAAUUGUGUUUGGAAAGCUGUUUUGCAGCUACUUAAAGAUUUUUAUACGGGAUGUUAACAUUCACUCAAUCCUGGAAAAGCCAGUGUAGUACAAUUACCCAAUCAUAGUACCUGAACCGUCUCAGAACACAGCUAAACCUUGCUUGGUGUGCUCAUGUGUCUGCUGAAAAAUUAUGGAAGUGCUUUCAGUUGGGUCAGGUGGAAGGAUGUAACAAAAUAAAUUUUCAAACU